AUGGAGGCAGAUAUAAUUGCAGAUCUUCGAUGCAAGCUCAAAGAGGUUGAAGAAGAGCGACUAAAAGCUGCACAAUAUGGUUUACAACUAGUAGAGAGCCAAAAUGAGUUGCAGAAUCAGUUGGAUAAAUGUCGUAAUGAAAUGAUGACCAUGACUGAGAAUUAUGAACAAGAAAAAUAUACUCUUCAGAGAGAAGUUGAGCUUAAGAGUCGAAUGUUAGAAAGUUUGAGCUCUGAAUGUGAAGCUGUUAAACAACAACAGAAAACACAUCUGGAGCAAUUAAAAGAACAACUAAGCAGAAGCCACGGACAGGAAGUGAAUGAACUAAAAACUAAGUUAGAAAAACUAAAAGCAGAAUUAGACGAAGCUAGGCUUAGUGAAAAGCAGCUGAAGCACAAAGUAGAUCAUCAGAAGGAACUCCUUUCAUGUAAAUCAGAGGAAAUGAGAAUAAUGUCUGAGCGUGUACACGAAAGUAUGUCUUCAGAGAUGCUGGCUCUUCAAAUUGAGCUGACUGAAAUGGAAAGUAUGAAGACUACCCUCGAAGAAGAAGUGAAUGAAUUACAGUAUAGACAAGAACAACUAGAACUUCUUAGUACUAAUUUAAUGCGCCAGGUAGACCGUCUUAAAGAAGAAAAAGAGGAGCGAGAGAAAGAAGCAGUUUCUUACUAUAAUGCCUUAGAGAAAGCUCGUGUAGCAAAUCAAGAUCUUCAGGUGCAAUUAGACCAGGCCCUCCAGCAAGCCUUGGACCCCAGUAGUAAAGGCAACUCUUUGUUUGCAGAGGUGGAAGAUCGAAGGGCAGCAAUGGAACGUCAGUUCAUCAGUAUGAAAGUCAAGUAUCAGUCACUAAAGAAGCAAAAUGCAUUUAAUAGAGAACAGAUGCAGAGAAUGAAGUUACAAAUUGCGACAUUGCUACAAAUGAAAGGAUCUCAAACUGAGUUUGAGCAACAGGAGCGGCUGCUUGCCAUGCUGGAGCAGAAGAACGGUGAAAUUAAACACCUCUUAGGUGAAAUCAGAAACCUGGAGAAAUUUAAGAGUUUAUAUGAAAGUACGGAAUCUAGGCAGUCCGUCAACUCUGACACUCCAGAAGAUAACACUUACUAUACAGAUUUACUUCAGAUAAAGCUUGACAACUUAAACAAAGAAAAUGAAAGCACUAAAGGUGAAUUGUCCAUACAGCGAAUGAAAGCAUUAUUUGAGAGCCAACGGGCUUUGGAUAUUGAAAGAAAACUUUUUGCAAAUGAAAGAUGCCUCCAGCUCUCCCAAAGUGAAAAUAUGAAACUGAGAGCUAAAUUAGAUGAGUUAAAACUGAAGUAUGAACCUGAAGAGAAAAUUGAAGUGCCUGUGGCCAAAAAGAGGCGUGAGGUCCUGCCUGUGGAUAUAACCACCCCUCACAGUGUAUGUGCCAAAAGUGCAGUAGAGGAAGAAGUUUGUAGAUUACCACCUCAGAAAGAGGAGGCACAGGGCUGUCCCAGCAAUUCAGAAAAUAACAACUUGCAGAUAGAAAAGACAGUUUCUGUAAAUACACCAGAAGUCAUUCUGUCUCCUCAUAAGAGUCUGCCCAUGGAUACUCAGCCAAGGAAGGAAAAGAAGUGUGUAAAACUUAUAGGAGUUUCAGCAGACUCUGAAGUCUUAAGUGAAAGAAGUGGAAACACCCCGGAUUCUCCCAGGUCAGUGUCCUAUUUUCCUCAGGGCAACCAGCAGACCUCUCCAUCUCUUCUCUAUCGCUGCAUGAACUGUGCUAUCUGUUUCUUUAUCUAUUUUCUUAGUAUUGCAUGUAGUAUAAUUCCCCAAUUUCAUCUGCCUACCUUCAACUUUUUUAAAACUUUAAGAAAAACUAAAAUGAUUACAAAGGGAAAGGACUCCUGA